AUGUCGGGCAAAAGAAUCCUCGACGUUGUCGCGCUCUUCAACGCCUCGCGAAAAGUGGUCUCGAAGCAUUUCGACAUCAGACUGUCCCAAGUCAAACUCUAUGGGCAGACCUCGUCUGUGGCGAAGGCUCUGAAGAGGCAGGGGCUUCCCAUACUAUCCACGGCUGUCUCCCGCUUCGCCUCAUCACAGAGUCCUCCAAAGACCGCGAAAGAAGGCAUCUACCAAGAUCAUUUCUACGAGCCUUCUGAGCAGAACUCACCCGCCCAACCGCCUCCCACAAAUGAUUUGAAUGUCGAACAAGCAACGCCGACAACGGUCACAUUGCCAGAUGGGACAAUAUCUCCAGAAAAUACCUCAAAUGGGAAAGAGGCGGGCGACGGCAUGAGUUUCAGUGGAAGACCUGCGGGAGAGACAGCGCAACAUCCAGUCGGAAAUGGGGACAAAGCAGGUCAAGACUUGCAAGUGAAGUCGUCCACCAAAUCAACGAUACCGGAACCUUCCUUGGACAGCUCCCUGUCUCCAGAUGCAGCCAGGAAACUGCAACGCCUGUCCGAGGAUCAAAUACCAGCACAGACAGCCGAACCGCCUAAACCCCAGGAGGACGGCGCGGAGUUCGCAGUUGGCCAAGAACAAGAUAUCUUCUACCAACCACCAGACAGUGUGAAGCCAGUCCUAUCAGCUCUACCUCGCGUUCGCGUCCCCAAGACCGAGAAUGACGUUCAAGCAGGGGAUUCCCACAUUCCUCCAGGCAUCAACGCUGAUGUGUACUACUCCGGUUCAAAGCAGAUUGAGUCGGAGCCUACGGAAGAGCAACUGGCUCAGCUCUUUCACAAUCCCAAACAUGCCAAACUUCUAGCCAAAAAGACAGGACAUUCAGGCUAUGGCCCGGGAGGCAAGCGGCAGUUUCAUACAACAAGACUCAAUCCGCAACAGAGGUCAAAUGGGGAGACGGACAGCAUUCGAGAGUUGGCCGCUGAUAUGGCCAGAGACGCACAGAAGGUCAAAACACCGCCAGCGCGAAAUGUGCAGCCAUACCAGAUGCGUGAGUCGAAGAUCCCAGCAACGAGAUUUGGCCGUCUUUUUGAGUAUGGGGGACUAGCGGCGUCGAUGGCGUUUGGAGCAGUCAGUGAAAGUAUCAGUCGAUCAGGCGGCCCAGAUGGGUCUGUGAUGCUGAGCGCCGCGAACAUGGAACGUCUGGUCGCGAAAUUGUCCAAAAUGCGAGGCGCUGCCUUGAAGUUGGGCCAAAUGAUGAGCUUUCAAGACGCAAAGCUACUACCCAAGCCCAUCCAUGAAGUGCUCCAGCGCGUUCAAGACAGUGCGGACUACAUGCCCGCCUCGCAACGAGACGUAGUGAUCGCCACCAACCUGGGUCCCAAUUGGCGUGCUUUAUUCGAGGAGUUCGAGGAGCGUCCGAUGGCUGCUGCCUCCAUUGGCCAAGUACAUGGGGCCGUCUUGAAAGAUGGACGCCGAGUUGCCGUCAAAGUUCAGUAUCCGGGUGUGGCCGAUUCAAUAUCCUCCGAUCUCAACAAUCUCUCGUUACUCCUGACCGCGUCUCGCUUGUUACCAAAGGGGCUGUACUUGGACAGAACCAUUGCCAACGCCCGUACCGAGUUGGGAUGGGAAUGCGACUAUGUGCGGGAGGCUGAAGCCGCGAAACGGUUCCGACGGCUGCUGGCAGAUGAUCAAGAGGUCUUUACCGUCCCGGAAAUCAUUGAUGAGGCAUCUGGGAAGCAGGUUCUGACGAUGGAACGCAUGGAAGGAGUCGCCGUCACCAAGAUACGGAACUUUACACAGGAGCAAAAAGACUGGAUUGGAACGCAGAUCCUGCGCCUGUGCUUGAGAGAGAUCACCGAGUUCAGGUACAUGCAGACAGAUCCGAACUGGACCAAUUUCCUCUAUAAUGCCAGAACGAACAAGCUGGAGCUGCUGGACUUCGGAGCGUCAAGGGAAUAUCCGGCAACCUUCAUUGAGCUCUACACCAAGGUUCUGGACGCAGCUUCCAGAAAAGACCGCAUUGCUUGCAGAGACCUGUCGAUACAACUAGGCUACCUCACCGGCUAUGAAUCCAAGCCUAUGAUGAAUGCUCACAUUGACUCGGUCAUGACGCUUGCCGAACCUUUCAUGGACUCUGCCCCUGAUCUUUACAACUUCGAGAACCAGACAAUCACCGACCGUGUUCGUGGCCUCAUCCCUGUCAUGCUGAGAGAGAGGUUGGCGCCGCCUCCAGAGGAGACGUACAGCUUACACCGUAAACUGAGCGGCGCUUUUCUAUUAUGCGCGAGAUUGGGAAGUCGAGUCAGAUGCAAAGAUCUCUUCCAGCAAGCUCUGGUCACAGCAGGGUUACGCCGACCUCCACACGUGUCCUAG